GAAAUAAUUUUGUUGGGGGUGUGACUACUGUUCGAAAGCUACAAAAUUGAUCGCGCAAACAGCAGAUUGAACGAGACAUCUCCAAAUGUUCGGCUCUCACAGCAUCGAGUACGCGAUCAUGGAAGUUUCCCAAGUUUAUCUAAAUGGCCAUAGAUUUCUGCAGGACAAGAGGCCCUUGAUGUUAGGCAUUAGCCCCGGCAACCCGUACUAUUACAAGAAGGAAACUCUUGAACGACUUUUUGAUUUCGCGGCAAGAAAGAAUCCAGAUCAGGUGCUACUUUUUAUUCCUGACAAGAUAUCGGAGCAUAACUACCGAGCGGUGGGCUCGAAAAAUCCUGAGAAGUCUGCGCGCGUUAAAGGAAAUCGGCUGCGAAACAAAUGCAACGAAGCUAUUCAAGGCAGCACCUUCUGCCACGCCAACUACAGCUUCAUCAGGUGGACGGAGGACGUGGAAAGCUGCCAUGAAUAUGACAAGGCUCUAGUGGACAUCAAAGACCUGUACAAGGCUAAUGAUGAGUUCCGUAACGACAUCAGAGAGUCUACCGAGGCAGCGUUAAGAUGUCUCAGAAACGGCCGAGAAAAAGGCGGCUGCGACAAAGAAAACGAAAUUACCGAGGGGGAUGCAGUGGACUUGAAUGAAGGAGUUCUGUAUCUACUGAAAGAACUCUCAUUUUUGGUUGCAGUGCCGAGCAUUUAUAAGAAUUGCGAAGAGUUUGUAGUCGUGUAUCACCGCUCUUGGCCCGUGCUGGAGAGGUACUUUAACGGCUGUUACGACGGCAUCGAAAAGCCAUCUUUAGGUUUUGUCGUUUUCGAAUGAUAACAAAAGAAAACGUUGAAUGGUAGUGUGAACUAGUUAGGCAAGAUUAAAAUAAGGGAGUGCUGAGCAACGUUCAGUAAUAGAAUAGAAUCCGCGCAUGUAAUUGCUUUGAGUGCGAGAAAUACAGAAGGCUUACAGAGCAUUAAGUCUCUCGUAGCUUUACCAAAUAAAUGUACUUUUCACAACUG